GUGUGGACAGACACCGAGGCUGAAGGGCUCGGGACAGAGCGAGCUGCACGAUGCACUGCUGCAUUUCACUACGCUGACCCACAGCCACCACUGCACAGAUCGCUGCUGGGUAGGUCUAUAUUGCUACAUACCAUGGGUAGGUCUAUACUGGUACAUACCAUGGGGCCUUCAAACAAGUUAAAGGGAUAGCGUGUCUGUGUGUGUUUUAGGUUUGACUGUGCUUCUCAGUGUACAUUGGUGUGGGGGCUAUUUUUUCAAAUUCCAUAUUCCGAGAAGAGUUUUUUUGUCCUUUCUUUUUGGAGGAUUACAUUUACUAGCUUUUUUCUGCGCAAAAAUCGUCAUUGUUAAGCUUAGUGGUCUUUGGCAUUUGUGAAGUUUUUUUAACAGCAUUAAUGAACAUAUGAUAGCAAGUCUGCCUUGAAUGGUCAUCGCUAGACGGUGCUUUUGGCUAAUUUGAUUCUGGACAUUAUUCUUGCUCAGAUGGGUCAGUAUUAUGUCUUUUAGGGGAGUUUUGAACAGCCAUGAUGUCAGUAGGCAGCAGCUGGACCUUCCAAAUAUUCUAAUAUCUUACUGUAUGCUUUGCACCAGUGACAUCAUCAUCAAGGCAAGGUAAGGCCAUAUUAAGCAUGUGCGUUUGCCCUGUGAAGAGCCUGGAAUGGUCUCUUCCACUGUGGCUUUUGUGUCUCUGUACAUGCAAUGCUUCUACAAGAGCUGGAUGUAGACUUAAGGUUGUGUUGGGAGAUGCUGCCAGCCCCUUCACACAGCCUAAAUCCACCAAGCUGCUUCCAGAAGAACGUACAAAACACGUUGCAUGAAAUCCCAGGCACUCUCACGUCCGACUACCUUCUUCUGCUGCCUCCAUUAAUGUCCAGCUUCCAAAUAUCCCAGUGGAUCACCGUCCGCUUCACCAGUUCUGCUCCUCUCUCUUAUUCUAUCCAACAUCCCAUCUGUCUGGCCUCUUCUCACACUUCCAUUCCCCAACACUCCAGGUUAGCACCUUGGUUCUCCUAGGAUCAGACAUACGGGGAAGGCUGAUCAUCCUCUCCGUGUUCACCAGCAAAUCACGCCAUGACACGGUUGGAUCCUGCCUCUUGCAAACCGUGUCGUCAGAGCUGGAUGGAAGAGAGUAGCAGCAGGGACGGUUUUGGUCGACACACAGGGUCUUUAGCAAACAGAGGACAAGAAGUUGGACUUCCUCUACGGAGGGCAGGAAGCUGUCAGUCCCUCCGGGAGAACAGCCCGUCACCCCCGUUCCGGCACUACGAAGUGGGCCGCCCCCUGCCUAGCACCAGGCUCCCAGAACCCAAGGCCUCCAUCCCCUUCCGAAACCCGGAUCUUGGCAUGCCCUCGAAAAGGCGGGGCUCGGGUGUUGACCCAUUCGGGAGGAGUCCCUCUCCACCCAAAUACUCGCUACACUCAAACUUCAGAGUAGGCCCCCAGGGGAGAGGCCCCCGUUCACCAAGCCCUUGCACGUUAAUCCCCACCCCUUUCAAACAGGCAGAGUUGGGUGCCUCCCAACAGUGGUCUUUUGAUGGCUUCUACCCAAAAGUACAAGUUCCCUCUCGCUCCUCAUCUGGAAUUUCUAAAUCAUCCCCCAGACACGGCUCCACUUUCUCACUAUCCUCCUCUCCCUCUCGAAGCCCUUCCCCGUUCAAACAGAACGGAAUCCCAUUCUCUAAUUACACUCCUGCACAAGAGAGAGAGGAACCCAGGAGCCCCUCGAAGAGCUCAAAUGGUCCAAAAUUAGAUUCAGAAUAUUUAUGUAAAGAUGUUGAUACAACCGUUGGAAUGACUGCCUCAUGCUCCUCUGCAUUCAGUGAAACCGGCAGCAAAGCUGAGCUGCACAGCUCCUCCCGUUUCUCUGGCCAAGAUGACCAAAGUCAUCCCAGCAGCCACAGAAACUGCGAGGCACCUGAGAAUUCUCCAUCACAGGCAAACUUCAUAGCAUCUACCUCCAGCCAGGAUGCAAGUAUCCUCAGACCAACAACGUUAUCAGGCUCCUGGAUGGGUUCUGUCCACUCAUACAACAGCACCACAGCACUCCAAACUUCCUCAACACCUGGGCGACUUUUGGACACCAAACCCACCAUUCAGCUGUCGAAGUCUCACACUGCUGCCAUGGAAACGGAUGACUGGGGUAGGGGCACAAGUGGCAAUGAGAGGGGCCUAGAGCUGCGGAGCCCCUCCCCAGAGUACACGCGAUCAUCACACCAGAGCCCCUCCCCUCAGAGACGAAGGCACACUAUCUCCCAAAGCUCCCUGGAGUCUGAAUCCAGCCGCACUUCCUCAGGGUCGGGUGUUGCAUGCAUGAAAAUGGAAGAUUACGUUGUAAUGGCUGACAUCCCCAAGACCAAGGUCAUAUACCCGAGGGAAGCAGCUUGGGAAAAGGGGAGGAGUCAAAGCCACAGUCCCGUCAGGCCAUAUAAGCAAAUUCGCCCAACGGAUGGCCAUCAGGAGUGGGGCAACUCGGUGGUGGAACGAGGUAGGGGAAUGGAAAGAGGUAGGACUCGGCAGAAGAGGCAAGGCGGAGACAGUGAAAGAGUGCCUUGUGUCAGAUCCACUGCUUCACUCAGUGCUCAGGGUGACCACCGGGAGGAGACACUGACAGAGAGUGACACUGCCUGCCUGCAGAUGGGUCCAGUGGAACACCGACCAACGGAAAAGGGAUGGAUGUCGAAGCUCGAUGACGAUGGAGAGUGGCGGAAGCACUGGUUUGUGUUGACGGACGCCAGCCUGAGGUUCUACAGGGAUGCCAGGGCAGAGGAGAAGGAAGAUCUGGACGGGGAGAUUGACCUGAGGUCCUGUGUGGGGGUGUCCGAGUUUGAUGUGGAGAAGAACUAUGGUUUUCAGAUCCAGACCCAGGGGGCUGUGUUCACCCUGUCUGCCAUGACGUCGGGGAUCAGGAGGAACUGGCUGGAGGUUCUGCGGAAGAACGUCCUUCCCAGCAGCUCGCCCGACAUCAUGCAGCUGUCAGACAGCAGGAGUGACAAAGAGAUCCGCACGUCCUGUCCCGUUUUGCCCGCUCACAGGGACUCAGGCUCUGAGGUUAUGACCCCCACCCCGCAUCAGCUAGACUGUGUGGAGCUUGCACCGGUGAUGGAGACACAAGCCCCCGCACAGCCCGUCAGCACGCCGGAGACCAAAGAAGGCCUGGACAGGGAACAGGCCCGGAGGCUGGAGGACAGGACCCGCUGGUUCCAGGCUGCGGUUCCCGCCAAGGAGCCGCCACCUGGCAGCAGCCCAUGGGAUACUGUGCACCUGAAGAAGGGGACAAGCUCCGCCUCCACUCUGGAAGAGACGCUUGAGAGGAAGUGGGUGGAGUUUGAAAGACUGCCUCUGCGGGAGAUGAGGUCGCUGCCCCUGAUUGGUUCCUGUGCUAACCAGCCUGCCAAUGAAGUGCUGUUGAAGGAGGUGGCCUUGCUGAAGGCUCAGGUGGAGCAGCUACAGAAGGUGAGGUUUGCAAGGGAAGGUGGGAAGUGUGGCCUAGAGGCCCCCUGUGGCCGAAGCCUGGAGGCAAUGGAGAAGGCCCACAGGGAGGUGCUGGAGGAGCUACAGCGGCGGCAUGAACGGGAGGUGAGGGAGCUGGAGGUGGAGCGCGACCGGCUGCUUCGGGAAGAGGCCCAGGCCACGGCGCAGGCUAUGGAGGUGCUGAAGACGGCCCUGAGGGUGGAGCUGGAGGAGGAAGUGGCGAGAGCGAGGAGACUGGGCGGAGGGACGGCCGAGCCGCAGGCCCUGCCGCAGACACGGUCUGAGCGGCUGGCCCAGCAGAGGGAGCUGGACAGCCUGUCAGAGCGGUACUCCCAGAAGUGCCUGGAGGUGAGGAGGGCGGAGGAGAGACACAGGGAGAUGGAGAGGGAGGCGAGCCGAAGGGAGACGGAGCUGGAGCAGCUGAAGAAGGAGAAUUGGGAUCUGCAGUCUCAUCUGAUGAAGGAGAUAAGCCACAUGCGCUCAAGCUCUGAGCAUGAGGGCUCAGACGGCGUCCUGCAUGACAGCCACGAGCACAGUUCCUGCGAGUUGGAGGUGCUGCUCCGAGUGAAGGAGAACGAGGUCCAGUACCUGCAUAAGGAGAUCGGUUGCUUGAGGGACGAGCUGCUCUCCCUCAGCAAGGAGAAGCGCUUGGCGUACGAGCGGUGCAAGGAGGCCAACGUGGAGCUGAACGCAGCGAAGAACCGCAGCGAACGGGAGCUUGAGGCCCUGCGUGAGCACCUGCGGCUGGCGAUGGCGGCCCUGCGGGAAGGCCAGGAGCUGGGGAACAGCAUGUCCCACUGAGACACCACAACCAGGUUGGAGAUGGAGGCUGGUCGGCCCAACCUGCUUACCCAACUCCCCUUAGGAGAGAGAAGCCCUGUGGUCGUCACCAUUCUGACAGCCAUGUUGGCUUGUCUUCAGAAAGCUUAAUCUCCAGGGGCUCCAACAUGCUCAACGCUACCCAGUGCCGGUCAACCCAAUAGGUGACAUAGAGGGUGCUGGUUUAACUAGCCAACUUCACUGCAUCUCGUACGGGGCAGGGGGGCGCACUGGCAUUGAUAGCUAUUCUAGAGUGCCAUGUUGGCUUUGACCGGUACUGACACAGCCUAUGGUGACAUGGAGAUUGGCAGGGAGAUGAAGAUACCAGGACAUGUGAUUCUGUAGCAAGGGAACGCUGACUUGGUUCACGAGUUUCCUACCCAAGUACUGGCUCACUGUUUUGCACUUCUUGUCGCACGUUUCAGAGGGACAAUACAAGAACUUAAAUGUUAUACCACUAUAGUUGUGGCAAAGGACUGGAGUAUAAGGUCUAUUUAAACAAUUAUCGCCUCACUUCUCCCUUGGUACCCAAGGGCCCUAUGAACGUGGAGACAAAAAAGCAUAUUAGGACCACUAUACGUGGUCACUACGGAGGUGGAUUCACUUAAAUUUUCUCACACCUUCUUUGAAAUCUUGCAUUUUCUUCUGUACUUCCACUUUUCACCUUCUCUUGUUUUGCAGUGUCUGCAGGCUAUUUCUCUAGAGUUUUUUUCAGACUUUUUGAAGCACGUAUGAAUGUCACUGACUGGUUGAUUAAAUCAGAUGGCUGUCCACGGAGUGGCAGUGUUCAGAAUUUCUGAGAUUGCUGUAAGUAAAAAUUCACAAAAACUACAAAAUCGCCGUUCUUGGGACUGCUUGGGCCAAACAGAGAAACACCCACAAAUGUUUUGUACUUGCUAUACAUCAUCUUGAAUCUGUACAUUGACAUGCACCAAUGUUAAUUUUGCUCAAACACCCUGUCAGUAGGAUGUAGCUUCACUCACUGAUAUCUGUUACUUGAAAGACAUACAGUCCAUUGAUGAAGCAUCAUUGCUUCAGACUAACUUUGAAAAACCUGGAAAAUGUUUUUGUUUGAACUCAUUUUUCAUGGUGCUGCAAUAUUUUUGUGUGUUUGGGAGUCAGUGGGUCAACGUUUCGCCACUUGGGAAAAUCAGAUUUUGUGGCAAAUACUGGAUUAUCUUACUGCUUAUGAUGCAGGCUAUAAAAAUUUUACCAUUUUAACUUCUAAAGAGUCACUUGUCACACAAUUAAGAAAAAACCUCUAAUUCAAGUGUUUUAAAUCAUUUUAAUGACAAUGAAAAUAUCCAUUAUUUUUCAAAUGAGUUUUACUUUCUUGUGACCAGUAAUAUACAGAGCCUUAAGUUUUUAUAUUCAAUAAACUGGUGAAUCAUUUUUGUCACAUGUUGAGUAGGUUACAGUUACUAUAUUUGACACACCAAUACAACAAAUGUUAAUAAACACUGUGAUGAUACUGCAUUACUUUCUGUUCUUCUGUUAAUAAAUGUAACGUGUGAAUUCUG